AUGCCUUUCACUCAUAACCACGACGACUUUCAAGCCACGGAGCCUUUCGAGACGCCUCGUAACCAUGACCAUGACGACUUCGAGGACAACCAGUCUUCCGAGGGGCUCGUCGCGGAUCCAGGUGUCCCUACAUUUGUUCUCCGCGCAGGCUUAGGUGAUCCACGUGGCGCGCCUAUGCCCGGCGUUAAGUGCCCACGUUGUGCCGAGAAAGGCAUUGAGCAGUGGGUGCUUCCCGGCAAGCAUUGCCCUCGUUGCAGUCAGCCCUGCUGA